AUGCUAUUCGUUAACUCACUCGCUGCCAGUAGUAUUCUUGUCGUGGUCGCUGGUGGACGCGAUUAAUUCUAAUCGGUUUGGUGUUUACUUGGCGUUGUUUUUGUGUAUUUAUUUUCGCGAUUUCUAUGAACUUAUUUUUGCACUACUUUGUUUUGCUGAUUGCUGAUACGGAACGGUCUGUGUUUAGAGUGUGUACAUAUUUACAAAUCGUCAAUUACUUCCGCUGCAAAUGACACAUGUCAACAGUCGAAAAUCGUGCCAACGACAACAAUAGCGAAUAAUUCACAGCCAAACUCGAACGAAAUCGGAAUAAGUGAUUCAAUUGAAAUUGUUGACCCUCGUGAAGUAAACUCGUGCGAAAAAAAGUAAGAAGCCGACUGCCCGCAAAAGAGUCGUUCAUCGCCCAUCGGUUUUAUUAGCUGCAAAUAGUAGUGACGUCGCUGAAGCGUAAUAGCAUACAGUUGUGAAAAGCUAUUCCUUCCGGAAGAAGCGUUGCGGUUCGCCGAGUCGAGUGGUAUCGAUUUUGUUUGCGGCUAAACUAGUACAAACAGUGCCACCGAUGGUCCACACUUGAGAAGUGCCUCAGUAAAUGCAAUUGAUGACGACAACAACAACGGCGGAGACACGUGUAUGUUAUUCGUUCGACAAGGAAAAAAAGUGUAAAACGGAUUAGAACAAGCUUCCCACCGGUUGCGUACCGCUCGAAACAUUGCCGGUGAAAACAAACAAUGCUGCGAUCGUAGAUGUGAUUUUGCCCUCUGGUUAGGAAGACAAUUAUCGAAAUAGCCUAAGUCGGAAGAUUCGGCGCUUGCUUGCGAGGGGGCAGUUUGCGUGUCACAAAGAUAACUCCGGCACUUGAGCAAGAUGACCGUUCCCCAAUCAUCGUCAUCGUUAGCCCAAUCGGGCACAAUGGCUACGGGCUUCAGUCCUAGUGCAACCGUUACCCAGUCCGGAACGGCUACGGUAACUACGACGGCCAGUAGUCCAACGACGGCAUCCGCGUUCAGUUGUUGUCCAGCGAAUGGUGAGAGUUCGUCUAUCGGGGAGGAUUCGAUAGAGUUGAGUGACAGUCAGGGGAACAAUAACACGAUGUAUCACAAUGGGUUCUUCGAGAAGGAGGAUUACCACUUUCCCAAGCGGCCAACGGUUGAUAUCGAGUUCAGGGACAUCCGGUACACCGUGAAGAAGAUUAAUUUCGGCAAAGCUAAGAUAGAGAGUAAAGAGAUCCUUCACGGCCUGAAUGGAUCGUUCAAUUCCGGAGAGCUGACGGCAAUCAUGGGACCCUCGGGAGCCGGGAAGAGCACACUUCUCAACAUUCUAGCCGGAUAUGUAUCCUCCGGCGUCAGUGGAUUGGUCCAAGUAAACGGUAAGAACCGAUCCAACAAUUCACAAAGCUUCCGGAAGCUGUCCUGCUAUAUCCAGCAGCACGACGCCCUCCGUCCCUGGCUAACGGUCAACGAAGCCAUGAGUUGUGCAACCCACCUAAAGCUCGGUUUCAGCAUAAGUCCCGAAGAGAAGAAGAAGCUGAUCGAAAAGAUCCUCUUCAUGCUGGGACUGGAACAAAAAGGAAACACCCCAACCCAUGGUCUAUCCGGAGGCCAGAAGAAACGUCUGGCAAUCGCCCUGGAGAUGAUCAGCAACCCACCGAUUCUGUUCCUGGAUGAACCUACCACCGGACUGGACAGUUCCUCCUGUACACAGUGCAUUUCCCUUCUGAAGCGGUUAGCACAGGACGGCCGGACGAUCAUAUGCACGGUUCACACGCCAAGCGCCCUGCUGUUCGAAAUGUUCGACAAGCUGUACAGCGUUACCCAAGGUCACUGCUUCUAUCAGGGCCCGGUCAAAGAACUGCUGCCGUUCUUGUCCAAUCUGGGAUACAACUGCCCGAGUUACCACAAUCCGGCCGAUUUCAUGAUGGAGAUUGCGGUCGGAGAAUACGGAGCCGAUGUGGGCAAAGUGAUAAAGGCUGCGCUGAAAAAGUACUACGAAAUGAGCAGUGAGUGCAUUAAGCUAGAUCCAGUGUUUGACGAUGUUAAGACCGUCGUGGCGCGAUAUGACUUUGCCGACGCCGACCCGAAGGACACCGAUUGCAGCAAAGUGGAGGAACUGCAGCUACAGCUCAAGGAUCGAGGAGGUGGCGGAGAUGCUGGAAGUCCAGACCCUCAAGGCAACGAGCUGUGCCCGGAGAUUGUCGAUAACACCAAGCCGGCCUCAUUGAUGAUGCAGUUCCUGCUGUUGCUCUAUCGGAAUCUACUGAUGCUGAGGCGGAAUUAUUUCCUGUUGGGUAUUAGGCUUUUCGCACAUGCCUCCGUCGCCACUUUGUUCGGAUACAUCUACCAAGGAGUCGGGCCGAACGCCAAUCAGGUACUUGCCAAUUACGUCUACCUGUACGGUUCCAUGCUGAUGUUGGUCUACACCGGAAAAAUGGCGGUUGUUCUAUCAUUCCAAGUUGAAAUGGAAUCACUCACCCGAGAACACUUCAAUCGAUGGUACAAACUGGGACCCUACUUUCUUUCGGUAUUGAUCAUCGAAGUUCCAGUUCAGAUCGUCUGCUCGUUGAUCUACGUGGUGAUAAGCUACCAUCUGACCGGCAACUACUACACCUUCGACCGGUUCGUGCUGUUUGCGCUGUUUUGCGUCGCGGGAUCCAUUUCGGCGCAGGCCUGGGGCUUCUUCAUCGGAGCGACGCUCUCGAUUAAGCUCGCUGUUUUCAUUGGUCCCAUUCUGGCGGUGCUCUUCUCCGUGUUCGGCUUCUGCACCCGAUACGUGGACAUCACCCCGCUAUUCCAGUGGAUGUGGCACAUCAGCUACUACCGGGCUAGCUUCCACGGUAUCCUCAACUCGGUGUACGGAAUGAAUCGCGAUGACCUGUUCUGCCCGGAAACGCAGAUCUACUGUCACUUCAAGAACCCGGUCCUGUUCCAGAAGGACAUGGACAUCGAGCACGUGGAUAUGGAGAAGAACUUCAUCCUGAUCGUGUCGAUUGUGAUAACGAUGUACAUCGGGACGCUGUUUGUACUUUGGUACAAGCUGAACAAGCGAUAGUAAUAGGUGUUACAUUAGGUCCUAAGUUAAGGCUCAAUUACCAUCCGGGUAGUAUGUAAAUAGAUAGUACGCAAAGCUCGUCUGGUACGAUGAUGAUAACGUGCAAUGAGGGGUCACUUGGUUUUCUAGCAUCUUAUCAACCGUUUUGGGUUCUUAGUAACAAAACGUGAUCGACCUUCGACCUCUCGUGGCGGGAAUCCCCAUUCUCAGCUGUCCAACGAUCUUGCCAUUAGUCGACCAUUGAAUCCAUUCCCAGUUAGGCCAGCAAGAGUCUCUUCGUUUCCUUCAAAUUAACCCCACCCAAUUCGGCAAGAUACGCACGAGCAAGCCAAUUUGAAUGAAAGUGUUAAGCAAUCGUCUGUGAUUACGUGAUAGCCCAUAUACCCUUACGUUAUAAAAGUAACCGUAUUAUACCUUAUUUUUAGCUACUUAUACCAAAUCAAAAUCUCAAGUUGAACAGAAGACAAAAAAAAUCGCACCUAGGUAAUCUCUCUUACACCGUACUGGAGUCAAGCGUUAUUUAUUUGACCAAGCAAUCGAAUCUGGCACUGUAUGUACCUCUGUAGCAAUGGAAAGUAAAAAUUCAGCGAUAAGAAA